AUGUUCGGGGCGCUUUCGCGAAGGCGUGGCCUCAUUUCUGCUUCUACUUCUGUGUACCGAGGGAUAGCUGCAAGCAAUCACAUCAAUAUGGCGCCUCAACAAAAGCGAAAGAAUAGCGGCUUGCCCGAAGGCUACCGAGAGGACCAUGCCAAAGGCGCAAUGCUCAGAUAUGAGGACUCUCUCCCCAGCUUACCUGUUCCCUCGCUCGAAGCGACGUCGAAACGAUACCUCAAAUCCGUCCACCCGCUCCUCACCCCUGCCGAGUACGAGAACACCAAGAUGGCUGUGGACGCAUUCGUGAAGCCCGGCGCUAUUGGUCACACACUACAAGAGAGACUUCUCCAGCGAUCGAAGGAUCCAAAGGUGAAGAACUGGUUGUCGGAGUGGUGGAACAACGCGGCAUACCUUGGCUACCGUGACCCAAUCGUCCCAUACGUUUCGUACUUCUACAGCCACCGCGAUGACCGGAAACGAAGAGACCCAGCAAAGCGCGCAGCUGCGAUUUCGACUGGCGUUCUGGAGUUUGCAAAGCAAGUGAACGACGGAUCCCUCGAGCCAGAAUACAUGAAGAAGCUACCCAUGGCCAUGAGCUCGUACUACUGGAUGUUCAACGCAUGCCGUAUCCCAGCGAAGCCAGCCGACCAUCCAGUGAAGUACAACCACGAAGACCACCAGCACAUUCUCGUCAUCCGAAAGAACGCCUUCUUCAAGGUGCCCUCCCACCACAACGGCCAGCAAUUGAGCACGAAAGAGCUAGAACACCAAUUCAGGCGUGUGUACGAGAUGGCAGACAAGGCUCCAGCAGUCGGCGUCAUGACAACCGAGAACCGUGACAACUGGACAGAGAUGCGCGAGCGUCUGAUCAACUCGAACGCGGGCAACAAGGCUACUCUUGAGGCAAUUGAGUCUGCAUCGUUCGUAGUCUGCUUGGACGACGCGACACCAAUCACCCUCCACGAGCGAUCGCACCAAUACUGGCACGGAGACGGCGCAAACCGCUGGUUCGACAAGCCAGUGCAGAUGAUCGUCAACGACAACGGUACCUCUGGCUUCAACGGCGAACACAGCAUGAUGGACGGCACACCCACACAUCGCCUCAACGACACUGUCAUGCACUGGAUCUUCAACGAGAAGCUCGACUUUGAGAACCCACAGCUACGAUCCGACAUCCCCGACCCAAUGCCUAUCCGAUUCCAGCUCUCCGGUGAGAACUACGCCGACGUCGCUCUAGCCACCACCCACCACGUCGGCCUCAUGAGCCAGCACGAACUCCGCGUCGAGGCAUUCCAGGGCUACGGCAAGGGUCUCAUGAAGAAGUUCAAGUGCUCGCCUGACGCAUACGUGCAAAUGGUGAUCCAGCUCGGGUACUUCAAGUUCUACGGAAAGAGCCGACCAACCUACGAAUCUGCUGCCACCCGCCGCUUUCAGGAAGGACGAACCGAGACUUGCCGAACUGUAUCUGAUGAGAGCGUUGCGUUCUGCAAUGCUAUGCAACAUCCUCUUUCGACUGAUGCUGAGUGCCGCGAGCUCUUCCGCAAGGCAAUCUCGGCGCACACUGAGUACAUCACGGCCGCCAGCGACGGAAAGGGUGUAGAUCGCCACCUCUUCGGUCUGAAGAAGCUCCUACAGAACGGCGAAGACACUCCCGAGAUCUUCAAGGAUCCAGCAUAUGCUUACAGCGGUAACUGGUACAUCAGCUCUUCGCAACUCAGCUCGGAGUACUACAAUGGAUAUGGAUGGUCGCAGGUUAUUGAUGAUGGUUGGGGUAUUGCCUACAUGAUCAACGAGAACAGCGUCCAGUUCAACAUCGUUAGCAAGAACCUUGGAGCGGAGCGUAUGGCUUUCUUCCUCAAUGAGGCUGCGCAGGAUAUUCGUGCGGUUAUGGAGGCCGAGGCAAGCGAGAAGCCGAAGGCGAGGCUCUAG